CAUGGAGCCGCCCGGCGGGGGCCCGGGGCCCGGCCGCGGGAACCGGGACAAGAAAAAGGGCCGGAGUCCGGACGAGUUGCCUACCGCGGGCGGGGACGGCGGCAAAUCCAAGAAAUUCACUCUGAAGCGGCUCAUGGCAGAUGAGCUGGAGAGAUUUACUAGCAUGAGACAUAAGAAGGAGAAGGAGAAACCCAAUUCUGCUCAUAGAAAUUCAUCAUAUGGAGAUGAUCCCACAGCACAGUCACUGCAGGAUAUUUCAGAUGAACAAGUCCUGGCACUCUUUGAACAGAUGUUGCUGGAUAUGAACCUGAACGAGGAAAAACAACAACCUUUGAGGGAGAAGGAUAUAAUCAUCAAGAGGGAGAUGGUGUCUCAAUAUUUGCAUACCUCUAAAGUUGGCAUGAGUCAAAAGGAGAGCUCUAGGUCUCCCAUGAUGUACAUUCAGGAGUUGAGGUCAGGCUUGCGAGAUACGCAUCUACUCAGCUGCCUGGAGUCCCUGCGUGUGUCUCUAAACAACAACCCUGUUAGUUGGGUACAAACAUUUGGUGCUGAGGGCCUGGCCUCCUUAUUGGACAUCCUUAAACGACUUCAUGAUGAGAAAGAGGAGAUUUCUGGAAACUACGAUGGUCGUAACCAGCAUGAGAUCAUUCGCUGCUUGAAAGCUUUUAUGAACAACAAAUUUGGAAUCAAGACCAUGCUGGAGACAGAAGAAGGAAUCUUGCUGCUGGUCAGAGCCAUGGAUCCUGCUGUUCCCAAUAUGAUGAUUGAUGCAGCUAAGCUGCUUUCUGCUCUUUGUAUCCUACCACAGCCAGAGGACAUGAAUGUAAGGGUUUUGGAGGCAAUAACAGAAAGAGCUGAAAUGGACGAUGUGGAACGUUUUCAGCCACUGCUGGAUGGAUUAAAAAGUGAAACCUCCAUUGCACUCAAGGUGGGGUGCCUACAGCUGAUCAACGCUCUAAUCACACAAGCUGAAGAACUUGAAUUCCGAGUUCAUAUCCGAAGUGAACUGAUGCGCUUGGGAUUGCAUCAAGUGUUGCAGGAACUUCGGGAGAUUGAAAAUGAUGAUAUGAGAGUACAGCUAGCAGUAUUUGAUGAACAAGGGGAUGAAGAUUCCUAUGACUUGAAGGGACGACUGGAGGACAUUCGAAUCGAGAUGGAUGACUUCAGUGAAAUCUUCCAGAUUCUCUUAAACACAGUCAAAGAUUCAAAGGCAGAGCCACACUUCCUCUCCAUCCUGCAGCACUUACUCUUGGUUCGAAAUGACUAUGAAGCCAGACCACAGUACUAUAAGUUGAUUGAAGAGUGUAUUUCUCAAAUAAUUCUGUACAAGAAUGGGGCUGAUCCUGACUUCAAGUGCCGGCACCUCAAGAUUGAUAUUGAGGGAUUGAUUGACCAGAUGGUUGACAAAAUGAAAGUGGAGAAAUCUGAAGCCAAAGCUAAAGAACUGGAAAAAAAGCUGGACUCUGAGUUAACAGCCCGACAUGAGCUACAGGUGGAAAUGAAAAAGAUGGAAAGUGACUUUGAGCUGAAACUCAAGAAUCUUCAAGGAGAAAAGGAUGCAUUGGAUUGUGAAAAGCAGAAAAUUGACACAAAGAAAGAGAAGCUGGAAGCAAAAGUGUCUCAGCUCACAGGAGAGGUUGCCAAGCUGUCCAAGGAACUGGAAGAUGCCAAGAAUAAAGUGACUUCUCUCUCGGCUGCAGCUGCUGCUGCUGCAGCCCUCUCCAACAGUGCUGCUGUUCCCCCUGCCCCUCCUUUACCUGCUAGCACUGCUUCUCUGUCCCCAUCCACUUCUGUACUGGAGGAUAUCAUACCUCCUCCACCUCCUCCCCCUCCAUUACCUGGGAGUAGUAAUGCCAUUCCUCCUCCACCACCUCCCCCUCCAUUACCUGAGGGUAGUGCCAUUCCUCCUCCACCUCCAUUACCUGGGGAUAGUAAUGCCAUUCCUCCUCCACCACCUCCCCCUCCAUUACCUGGGGGUAGUAAUACCAUUCCUCCUCCACCACCUCCCCCUCCAUUACCUGGGGGUAGUGCCAUUCCUCCUCCACCACCUCCCCCUCCAUUACCAGGGGGUAGUGCCAUUCCUCCUCCACCACCUCCCCCUCCAUUACCAGGGGGUAGUGCCAUUCCUCCUCCACCACCUCCCCCUCCAUUACCAGGGGGUAGUGCCAUUCCUCCUCCACCACCUCCCCCCCUGCCUGGAGGAUCAGGAAUGCCACCUCUCCCUCCUCCUCUUCCUGGUAGUUCUGGAAUCCCUCCGCCCCCUCCACUUUUUGGAGGAUCUGGCAUUCCUCCACCUCCACCUGGAAUGGGUGUGCCUCCGCCUCCCCCUGUUGGAUUUGCAGCCCCAGUUCUGCCAUUUGGAUUAGCCCCAAAGAAGCUUUAUAAGCCAGAGGUGCAGCUCCGGAGGCCAAACUGGUCCAAGUUUGUUGCAGAGGACCUUUCCCAGGACUGCUUCUGGACAAAGGUGCAGGAGGACCGAUUUGAGAACAAUGAUCUUUUUGCCAAACUUACCCAUACCUUCUCUGCCCAGACCAAGAGUGAGUAUUCUCCUCUUUCAUGUACAGGUUCAGUGCACACUUCAAGUGGAUUUCCUCAUGUCUUCCCCUUCAAUGGGUGA